AUGUCAAUAUCAUCAAAUGAUUUAAUUCCGACAAUUUAUGAUGUCAGUCGAGCUAUUUUUCGUCAUUUACCUAUUCGUUCAGUGGAUUCAUGUUCGUUAGUUUGUCAAUCAUGGACUCCUAUUGCUCGUUUAACUAAAGAACAUCGUCAUACAAUUCAUACAUUAUCGUAUCCAUCAGAUCUCUCAACUUCAACAAGUCAAAAUUCUUAUGAUUUAUCUGAUUUUGACACAUACAUUUCGUCAUAUAUAAGUAAUAAUCUUUGGUCAUUACCAUCGUUGGCAUUAGUCGUUACAACGAAAAGUUUAGAUAGAAAAUGUUUUAUUUCAUUAUCAAGUUCGUCACCAACAACAAAACAUUCAAAACGAACUCGAUCACAAACUACAGCUAGACAAACCAAAAUGUUAAACAUAUCACAAGCAUUGAUUCGUCAUUUAAAUAGAUCAUGCAAAAUUUUACAAACAGUAUCAACCGGUGUUGUUGUCACAAGUGAUGAAAAUCAAUCGUACGAAAUUGAAAUAGACAAUGCCAUGGGGAUUCUAUUUUUGCCAAGAUUUCCAUCGAAUAUUUUUGGAAUAUAUCCAUUUGAAAUUAAAUAUAAUACAAAAAUAUCUGAUAGUAUGUCUCGCUCAGAUUUACAUCAUUUACUUGGUGGUGUUCCUGAUGAUAUACCAAUUCGAUGUGUUAUCUUUUUCUUUACUGGACGUCAGUCACAUAGUGUUGACUGUAUUAAAAAACUACUUGAGUUUUACUCAACAGACGUCGCUAUUAUUGGUGGUGUUGUGAAUAAAAUUCGUUAUGAUGACCGAGAAAAUCAACAAAAACCAUUGGUAUAUAAUACAUGUGGCCUUGUUUUAACAGGCGAUCCAAAACAUUUAAAUAUUAAACAAAUUCUAUUAAGAAGUCAUAUAAAUACCCGUGAAGCUGUCCAAGAAAAAUUAAAACAAUUAAAAUCGAUUGAAAACAAUGAAUGCUUAUCAUUUGGUAUACAAGUUAGUUGUGUCGCUCGUGGUGAAGCAGUUUACAAUGGAGAAAAAAAUGUUGAAUGUUCAGAAUUUCGAAGUCUAUUUCCUAAGAUACCGUUAAUUGGAAUUUUUGGAAAUGGAGAAAUCGGUCAUGAUUAUUUAUUAAAUGAUACUGAAGCAUCACAAAAAGAACGAGCAAGUACCAAAAAAAUAGCAAUCAAUGAUGUAUUUCAUACCUAUUCAACUAUAUUUUCGCUUAUUUCAUUGCGCAUGUGA